GGUUAGAUUAGACCGUGAGAGUUGUGCGUAUCCUGUAGUCAACGGGCCAGGUUCGGCGGUAGACCGUUUACCGGGUGAGAAAGGAGCACUCGUCUUUCUGUCUCUCUUCCCUCCGAAGGGUGGCCCUGAACUCUGAUCUGAUCGAUCGAUCCAGCGCCCAGCUCUGUCAGCAUGUGUUACGGCCAUCAGCGAUCCUUAUCCAGAGAUAACAUUAACGCCCCUACCACCGGCAGGUUGCCCGCCCGCAACUUUUCCGUCGUUGAGAACCUUCGGGAUCGGCUUGCGGAGACGGAGGCGCGUCUCGCGCGUGCCAGAGCUCGUGAGGCCGAGCUCAGCCGUCGUCUCGAGGAAAUGAAGCGAUUUGUCUCUGUUAUGGAGAUCCUCGAGGAUUACCUUAAACGCCGGUUCCGGGAGACACAAGGACAGGUGGCACGUCUCUUGUCUUCUACAUCGUGAACAUAGAAGAUUUCGCUUGUCAAUAAUGUCUAUACUAUAACUGCCUAUCUUCUUUUUCUUUCUUUCUGUUUUUGUCCACCGGAAUGUAAAUGCCGAUUGUGGUGUUGUUUAUGACAAUCAAGAAUACUUUUUAUCAAUCUCAUAGAGCUUCAAAUUUCCUUGUU